CCUUCCUGCCGCUGGCGCCAGCACGUCUUGUUUUCGUUGGCCGCGUUCGGAUGGCAGCUGCCACUGUGGCUGCAGCCUCCUCAUAGUAGUGCUCCUUUCCCGGCGUGCCGAGGGCGGUGCAUUCUCCUAGUCUGUCCGGUUCUCCUGCGCGUGGUUCCGAAGGGCGCCGGUUUCCCGCAGCAGGCGGUAUGGGCAGGGAGUCACGCCACUAUCGGAAGCGAUCAGCAUCACGGGGACGCUCUGGAAGUCGAUCGAGAAGUCGUUCACCCUCAGACAAAAGAAGUAAACGUGGAGAUGAUAGACGGUCUAGAAGCAGGGAUAGAGACAGGAGGAGAGAGAGGUCCCGUAGCAGGGAUAAAAGAAGAUCUCGGUCAAGAGACAGGAAGCGUCUGAGGCGUUCCAGAAGUAGAGAGAGAGAUAGAAGUCGAGAACGAAGAAGAUCUCGAAGUCGGGACAGGAGACGUUCAAGGAGUAGAAGCCGAGGCCGAAGAUCCCGGUCUUCCAGUCCUGGCAAUAAAAGCAAGAAAGCUGAGAAUAGGUCUAGAUCCAAAGAGAAAACAGAUAGUGGGGAAAGUUCUAAAGAGAAGAAAAAAGACAAAGAUGACAAAGAGGAUGAAAAAGAAAAGGAUGCUGGUAACUUUGACCAGAAUAAGCUAGAAGAAGAAAUGAGAAAGCGAAAAGAAAGAGUAGAAAAAUGGCGAGAAGAGCAACGUAAAAAGGCCAUGGAAAACAUAGGGGAACUGAAAAAGGAAAUCGAAGAGAUGAAACAAGGGAAAAAGUGGAGUUUAGAAGAUGAUGAUGAUGAUGAAGAUGAUCCUGCAGAGGCUGAAAAGGAAGGAAAUGAAAUGGAGGGUGAGGAGUUAGAUCCAUUAGAUGCUUACAUGGAAGAAGUGAAAGAGGAAGUAAAAAAGUUUAAUAUGAGAAGUGUGAAAGGUGGUGGGGGAAAUGAAAAGAAGUCUGGGCCAACGGUCACAAAAGUUGUCACAGUUGUCACAACCAAAAAAGCAGUCGUAGAUUCUGAUAAGAAGAAAGGUGAGCUAAUGGAGAAUGACCAGGAUGCCAUGGAGUAUUCUUCAGAGGAGGAAGAAGUUGAUCUUCAGACAGCUCUUACAGGUUACCAGACAAAGCAGAGAAAGCUUCUAGAACCAGUGGAUCAUGGAAAAAUUGAAUAUGAACCAUUCAGGAAAAACUUCUAUGUUGAAGUUCCAGAAUUGGCAAAAAUGUCUCAAGAGGAGGUGAAUGUAUUUCGGUUGGAAAUGGAGGGCAUUACUGUCAAGGGUAAAGGUUGCCCCAAACCAAUUAAAUCUUGGGUUCAGUGUGGAAUUUCUAUGAAGAUCUUAAAUUCUCUAAAAAAGCAUGGUUAUGAAAAGCCCACGCCAAUCCAAACCCAGGCGAUUCCUGCGAUAAUGUCUGGACGAGAUUUGAUUGGUAUUGCCAAGACAGGAAGUGGAAAGACCAUUGCCUUUCUGUUGCCCAUGUUUAGGCACAUCAUGGAUCAGAGGUCUUUAGAAGAAGGAGAGGGGCCAAUAGCUGUCAUCAUGACUCCAACUCGAGAACUGGCUUUACAAAUUACUAAAGAAUGUAAGAAGUUUUCGAAGACCUUGGGCCUUAGAGUGGUCUGUGUUUAUGGAGGAACAGGAAUCAGUGAGCAGAUUGCUGAGCUGAAAAGAGGUGCUGAAAUUAUUGUUUGUACACCUGGUCGAAUGAUUGACAUGUUAGCAGCUAAUAGUGGUCGGGUUACAAAUCUUCGAAGAGUGACGUAUGUUGUUUUAGAUGAAGCAGACAGAAUGUUUGACAUGGGUUUUGAACCACAGGUCAUGCGCAUAGUGGAUAAUGUUCGCCCUGACAGGCAGACAGUUAUGUUUUCAGCUACUUUCCCCAGAGCUAUGGAAGCCUUGGCUCGGAGAAUCCUGAGUAAACCCAUUGAAGUGCAGGUUGGAGGCAGAAGUGUAGUUUGCUCGGAUGUGGAGCAACAAGUGAUUGUGAUUGAAGAAGAAAAGAAAUUCUUGAAGCUGCUUGAACUUCUAGGUCAUUAUCAAGAAUCAGGAUCUGUCAUUAUAUUUGUGGAUAAGCAGGAACAUGCUGAUGGUCUUCUGAAAGAUUUAAUGAGAGCUUCUUACCCUUGCAUGUCUCUUCAUGGAGGCAUUGAUCAAUAUGACAGAGAUAGCAUCAUAAAUGAUUUUAAGAAUGGGACCUGCAAACUUCUUGUGGCCACAUCUGUUGCUGCCCGAGGCCUCGAUGUGAAGCAUCUGAUUCUUGUUGUAAACUAUAGCUGCCCCAACCAUUAUGAGGAUUAUGUGCACAGAGCAGGACGGACUGGAAGAGCAGGCAACAAAGGCUAUGCAUACACUUUCAUCACAGAAGAUCAGGCUCGGUAUGCUGGAGACAUAAUUAAAGCCCUUGAACUGUCAGGGACUGCAGUGCCACCUGAUCUAGAGAAACUCUGGAGCGAUUUCAAAGAUCAACAGAAAGCUGAAGGGAAAAUAAUUAAAAAGAGUAGUGGGUUCUCUGGUAAGGGAUUCAAGUUCGAUGAAACAGAACAAGCUUUGGCUAAUGAGAGAAAGAAGUUACAAAAAGCUGCUCUUGGUCUGCAAGAUUCAGAUGAUGAGGAUGCUGCGGUUGAUAUUGAUGAGCAGAUUGAAAGCAUGUUUAAUUCAAAGAAGAGAGUGAAGGAUAUGGCGGCUCCUGGAACAUCCAGUGUUCCUGCUCCCACUGCAGGAAAUGCUGAGAAACUGGAAAUUGCAAAGAGAUUGGCUCUUAGAAUCAAUGCUCAGAAGAAUCUGGGCAUUGAGUCUCAGGUAGAUGUAAUGCAGCAGGCCACCAAUGCCAUUCUCAGAGGUGGCACCAUCCUGGCUCCCACUGUAUCUGCAAAAACCAUUGCAGAGCAACUUGCUGAAAAGAUAAAUGCCAAGCUCAACUAUGUGCCUUUGGAGAAACAAGAAGAGGAGAGACAGGAUGGUGGACAGAAUGAAUCUUUUAAGAGAUAUGAGGAAGAAUUAGAGAUCAAUGACUUCCCACAGACUGCUAGGUGGAAAGUUACCUCUAAGGAAGCUCUGCAGAGAAUCAGUGAAUAUUCUGAAGCUGCAAUUACAAUCAGAGGAACAUACUUCCCACCUGGCAAAGAGCCCAAGGAAGGAGAGCGGAAAAUUUACUUGGCAAUUGAAAGUGCCAAUGAGCUGGCUGUGCAGAAAGCGAAGGCAGAAAUCACCAGGCUUAUAAAAGAAGAACUGAUCCGAUUGCAAAAUUCAUACCAACCAACAAAUAAAGGAAGAUACAAAGUCUUAUAAAACAUCCGAGAAAAGCUUUUACCUGUGCUGGUCUGUGAUAAAUGUGGCAGUUAUUGUCUUCAGUUUACAAUGUAUUUUAAAUUAAGAUUUUUAAAAUUCAGUCUUGCUGAUUUUUUUUUUAAGUAUUAGAAACCAGUAUUUGUUACAAAUCUUCUUUCUGUAAGUACCCCCAGAAUUAUCAAACUCUAUUUAAAGUAGGCCUGUUUUCAUUAAAGUGUCCUUUAAUGUAAAACUUAAAUAUCAAUAUUUUAACUAUCUGGGUAAUACUCCAGAAGUUUAAGGCAAUUAAAAUAUUUGAACUUUCCAUUGAAGAUAAUAAAGUACAAAGGUUGCUAAGGGGUUGUUCACUUUAUCUUCUUGCAAUGAAACUGUGAUCAUCUCCUCAGAAAAGGUAAAAUUCUCUAAUUUUGUGUCUCUACCUUGAGCUUAAAUCUUACUUGACUCGAGUAGAACAAUAUGAACUGGAUAUAAGAAUGUUACAAUAGAAGUUUUACAAAAUGGGUUCAGAGUUUUUGUUUCAAUUUUUAUCAUCUUAUGAGGGUCAUAGUUGGACUGCUCUUUGGUUUUGUAAAAUUAAAGUUUUGUAGUAUAAGAAGUGUUUGCAUUCCUUUACACUGCUAAGAAUUUUAGUAUCGACUGCUUUUAGGUUCCCUUCACAACCUGUGGCUCUGUGCUUAGCUACUAGCUCUUUUCUAAUCUUCCUGAAGUGAAAGUGAUUUGUCACCUGUAAAUAUGAACGUGAUUGUUUUUUUCCCCUUUAAAGUGUUCGUUUAUACAUCUGUACAUAUAAACACCCUACCAAUCUGAUUUUUCUUCAGGAUUAUUGAGUAGGUUGUGAAUUUUCUUUAAAAAAAAAAAAGCGUGGCACCCACAUUUUAGACUUAGAAUUUAAACAUUUCUCAGUGAAAUUUAGUUUAAAAGAAUCAUAAAUUAUAUUUUUGAACCUUGAUAUAUAUUUCCUGAGUAUCCUAAUUUAAAUUGUGAUAAUUGGAUCACCUAAUGUUCAAGACUCGUGUGUUAGAACUUGAUAUGGUUGUCACUCUUUGAAAAAAUAAAAUUUUCAGGAAUGAAAUAUUUGUAUUUCUUAAAAGAUACAGAAGUUCCUUUAAGUAGUCUUGACUUAGAGCUUUUAAAAACGAAAAAACCCAAAGCGUAUUAUAGCUAUUAACUCAUUUCAGUAGUAUGUUAGAUGAUUCAAGUGACAGGAGGUAUCAAUCAUGAUUUCCUCAAUCUGAAGUUGUCCUUACUGAAAAUCUCAGGUAUAUACUUGAAUCUCUCACAUAUCCACUUUUUUACUUGAGGAAGAAAACAGAUAAAACACAUGUAACAAUAGAAUCAAAUAAACCAUUUUCUCUAAAAUUUUAGGCAUCUUGGGCUCCUGUACCCCCAGCAUUUAUUUAUAUGCUUCUUUUUAUUACUUAGUGAUAGUUUGUUUCCUUUGAUAGACUAUGUCACAGUCCCACACUGAUGGCAAUUGGUGCUCCCUUCAGCCUGCUCCAUCACUUUGAGAUUCAGAGAUUACAGCCUGUUAGUAUUAUUACCUUUAUGUUUGUGCAUCUAGUUGUCGUCAGCCACUGAGAGUAUUUUGUUAAAAUGAAGCCCAUUUCUUUGUUACUACAUUGUUUAGUGUCACACUGACUCUUUGAUUUUUAAAAUUUGAAUGACAUACAGAUUAAUUUGUUUUUUAAAAAAUGCAAUAUCAAUAUUUGCUCAUGUUUUUUAAAUUCCUUGUAAAAUAAAGUUAGCCUGCAUUUUCCUAAAA